GAGGCCUCUAACUAAAAGACUAGUUCCCAUCGGAUUGAACCUUUGGUGUGGAGAUGUGAUCAUUGCUGGGCUGCCUUGAACACGCAGAGAGUACUACUAGACUACAUACACAAAUGGUGUGCUCGCAAAUCAACCAAGCUGGAAUAGAAAUGCUUGAAGGGGGUUGAAUUCACUACAGGCAUAUCUACUCCGGUCAUGUGACUACGCCUUUAUGCUUUUGUUUACUUUUCCUCUCCCGUCUUCACCCAACCCAGUCAGCGAUUCUAACUCAUCAGGAAUCAGUUGGCAUCGUCCUCUUCUUGAACUUCCGGCCACUUUUGUCACAGUCACACGUCCGAUUCCUUCAUUGGAAUUCCGUCAAUCAAAACGACAACGUUCCUCAACGGCGCCAGCCUGCUGCCUUGCUCAUCGCCCCUGGAAGGGAUCGUCGCGGAAAGCGGGGUGCUUGUUGCUGCAGAGAAUAGACUACAAGUCUACAACAGACCUCCAUUGGAUGAAGAAGAUCCAGUGUCUGCAUGUCACCAUUGCAGCAUAUUCUCGCGUCUCCUCAGCAGACGUUUUAACGUGGCUCCUAGUUGCGGACGCAGUAGCCCCACCUUUGAGCAAUAGUGGCAACUGCGUACAGAAGGACAUGCAGCUGUUAUAUAUCCUGCUAAUAUCUUGAUCCAUUGGGAGAAGUUCGUUCUUCUGUGCGUUUCUUUCUGUGGACUGCUCACAGGCCAGAGGAUCGUCCUGAGAGUCUCUCAGCAUGGCCUACAUAUGCCGUGGCUAGUCGCAAUUUAAAUGCUUUCGGGAAUUCCGAUGCUGUCUAAUUGAUCGGCCAAUUUGAACAUGAAAUUGGUCGCAUCGUCGC